GCUCUUUACGACCGGUUGACCUUGUGGUUUGUCGUUGAUGCUUGCGUCAUUCAGCAUUCCGCCUGGGUUUAUGAUACAUGGAUUCUUCGUUAUACUGGCUUUCCAUGUCAUGACACUCUCAUCCAGUGCCUCUGUCAAACACCCUGCCGAUUCAACAAUCUCUUCGUGCGAUCACAUCGAGGAUUCACAUUUCAAUGUGCAUCUCAAAAAGACCAAAAGCACGAUUUAAUGCAUGUACAUUUGUUUCCAAACUAGCGUGUUGUGUUUAUGAGUUGUUAUAUUACCCUCUAUCAUCGAUUUAGAAUGAGC